ACGAGCGGAAUUCCAAUCGAUGUCGUCACCGGUGUCGAUCAUCUUCGAUUCGGAAAUGAAAGCAAUUUAUUUGCUGUCGAUUGGAUUGAUUUAUUUCUGCACGGCAACGUCCGGCCUUGAGGAACCCAACACGACCCUGGCGCCGGUCGAAAAUUACAAAACCAAUCCGUACUGCUUCCGGUUUACCUGGAUGGGCCCGAAGUACAACAAGGAUACGCCGUACAAAAACCUCAGCUGCGAGAACGUCCUAAAGAAGGCGAAGGGUGUCCCGUGCUUCCAUCCGUUGGUCGUUACUAACAACACCAACGUGCCGGACACUAACUACAUGUGGGAGGAGUACAAGGACAAACCGUUACAGAUCGCCUGCCGGCUGGUGCGGGGUGAGGUGUGCGCCCGGUACUCCUAUCGCUACAAUGGCGCAAUUGAGAACAUAACCUACAUGUGCGCCAAACUGAACGUCGAUAACGAGUCGUCCACGUCGAGCAGCUGCUACAAGGAGGACCGCCAGGGCCGGGAGAUCGAGGUGUGUGUGUGCGAAUCGGCCGCCGGACGUACGCCGUGCAAUCGGGGUGCGAUGGCGCUGGCCGACGGGGCCCCGGUGGUACCGAUGAUGCUGGCGCUGGCCGUAAUGCAAUUGCUUCUAAUAAAGUGCCUACAGCUACGGUAA